ACAAAAAUGUGCAGAUUGUGAUUCCACUGUAGUUAUCUCCUCUUCAUAUUGUUCCAGUCUUUGGGAUCCGUAGUUUAGUGUCCAUCGUCCUCUCUUUCAACGCCAAAAUCUGAACUUUAAUCUCACAAUGUUGCGAUGUUUCCGUAGUUCAAUCUCGGCUGUGAGAGUUCUCCAACCCUCGUCCGUCAUUCACCAUCCAGGCCACCUGCAAACCUCUUCAAAACCUUCACUCGUUACUAAACGAUAUGUUUUCACCACACCGAAGAUGCUUAUACCCGAUACGAGUGCCAAUUCGGGCACCCAAUUUGCUGAAGAGGGCGACCCGCGGUUACGCGACAUACCAGUGGAGAUCAGUAUGAAGUACAUGGAAUCUGCGGCGUACCAAGAGACGUAUGGCGAAGCCAAGGUUUGGGAACUCUAUCGACGAAAUUACGCUAAUGGCCGAACCUACCAACCGACCAGGAAGAAUUGUAUCCGAGGUGGAAAAAUUGCUAACGGCAAUCCCUGUCCAAUUUGUCGAGACGAAUAUUUAGUCGUGGAUCAUCAAAAUUUGAAGCUUCUCAACCAAUUCGUAUCAGAUUAUAGUGGGGAGAUCCUUACGUCUAAGAAAACGGGUGUGUGCCAGCACCAAUGGAUGAAAAUCAGAGUGGAGCUGCAGAAGGCCAAAGAUAAGGGCCUGCUCAAAAUCGAUUAUCCGUUUGUGUCUUAUGAUUAUGAUAAGUAUAGGCCUACAAAACAGAGCAUUGCCUAAGCAGACUUAUGUACUUCCCAAUUUCUCAAUAAAAUGAGUAUAUCGUCAA